CUUAUUUAAGGAUGCUAUUUGUAUACAUGUAGUUCGGACUCCUUGUGUGGGCUCCAUUAUAAGAACGACAUUCUAUAGUAUACUUGUUUAAGUUAUUCAAAAAUGCUUUCCAAUGGAGUUGGUGCUCUUUGAAGGUGGAUUUUUUUUUAUACAAUGACAUACGUAAACAAAGGCCCCAGGGCCUUUAAAACUCGGAGUGACCUUGAUAUUUGCGACGAAAGAAGAUCUCAGGCGAGAAUAAAACGAUACUAUUCUGCAGAUGUUCGUGCUUGGGGUGACGAUGUGGAACAAAGACGGCAACACAUUUUGGAGAUGAAAGAUUGUGGAAAAGGGUUAAAAGGCAACAUAGUGCCCAUGGAUGUUAUCUUGAAACUUUUUACCAAAUCUCAAAACACUAAUCUUAAAAGGCUUUCCUGCAUAUCAACGCAGCUGGUUAAUUUAGUCGAACCUUUGAAGCUUACGUCCAAGCAAAGAAAGAGCUUAAAUCGUUUGAAAAACAGUAUAGAAGAUGUUCUAUAUGGUGAUGGUCCAGGAGAACCACCUUGUGGAAAUAAUAAAGGCACUUUAGGUGCAUUUGGUGAUGGUGAUUCUUAUACUGAUUUGGACAGUAUUGAUUAUGAUGAAAAUGAGAAUCCUGUCAAAGGAAAGGGAAAACGUGGAAUUGACGAUGAUAACACUGCUAAAAGAAAAGGAAAAAAAACAAGUGGAUUUGACGAUGAUGAUGAUAAUGAUUAUGGAGGAAAGGGUGGAAAAGGAGGAAACGAUGGAAAAGGGGGAAAAAGAAGUCAACCUUUUGUUUCAAGUAGACUUGAUAAUGGCCAAAUAGCCACCAGGAUUAAAUGUCCAUUUAGAGGAACACCAGAGAUUAUAAGAGAAUCUCCUACGAGGACGGUAACUAGGUAUCAUCUUGAAAAGUCUGGUAGAGAAUCUGGUGGUAAAGAAGGGAAAGGAAAAUCCGGUAAAGAUUCUGGAAAAGGAGCAGGAAAAGGGUCUGGAAAAGGUUCUGGGAAAAGCGGAGCAUUGGGUACUUCAGGCAAAGGUGGAAGAGGUGGUAGUAGACGCGAUUCUGCAUCAUCCAAAUAUUCUGGGUCGGGAAGAUCACGUGAUUCGUCGGGUGGAGAUUUGUUGUGUAAAUCUGGUAAGGCGAAUUGGUGCUCGAGAUCAAGAUCAUCACCAACAGAUUCAAAGAAAAAGAAGAAACCUAAAGAUCAAAGGUCUGCAAGUACGCCGAAAGAUACGUGUUCGAAGACUUGUAAGUACACUCCUAAAUCGAAAGAAGACGGUAAAGCAGAAAAAGGUGGAAAGAGCGGUAAAGGGGGAGGGAAAGACGGAAAAGGUGCCAAAAAAAGCGAAAGCUCGAGUAGUAUUGUGGCCAAAGGUGGCAAAGGUUCUAGGGGAAAAGGUUCUGAAGGCAAAGGUCCUAGGGGAAAAGGUUCUGGAGGCAAAGCAUCUGGUGGCAAAGCUUCUGGAGGCAAAGCUUCUGGAGGCAAAGCAGAUAAAGACGAAGAUAAUUCUGCAGUAAAAGAAGCAAAUUCUAAAAGGCAACAAAAUGAUGUUUUGCAUGAAGAUCAAAGCGUUGGAAAAUCUGGUGUCGAUGGAGGAAAAUCCGGGAAAGCUGGAGGAGCAGACGAUGAUGAUAAUGACAAUGCGGGAUCCCCUAAAGAUAUGGAUAAAUUAAUAAAAGAACGCGACGAACUAAGCAAAAAGUUACAAGACGCGUUAAAAGAGUUGGACGAACUGAAGUCCGAAAAAGGUAUCUCUAGCAGUUCAUGUAUGGAAGAUAUUAAGAAGAUGGAACAAGAUCUUGAUGCUAUGAAACAGGGUUCAAUUUCACCUGAGGAAAUAAUUGAAAAACAGAUUGACCUGUUGAACAAACUAUGCGAUAAAAUCGGUGUUGUAGAAGCAAACAACAAAGAACUAAAGAAACAAGCCGGGAGAGGCGGAGAUACUGGAUCGAUGAAAUCACAACUAAGCAACAUGCAGAUGAAAAUGGGAAGCAUUGGUAAACUUAACCAAGAAAAAGAACUUCUUUCGGAAAAAGUAAAGAAUCUAGAAAGAGAGUUGGAACAAUACAAGAAUCUCCCUGGAGCAUUAAAUGAAUAUCAAAAGAAAUGUAGCAUUUUGACAGAUAUUUUGGAGGAAAGAGAUCAACUAGCGAAAACUGUUGAUGAAUUAACAAAACAAAACCAAGAUAUUGGCAAGUUAAAAUCGGAUGCUGCUAGAGCAUCUGUCCUUGAACAAAAAGUUAUGGAGACUGCUAGAAAUAGCAGGGCAUCCUUGUUGGAACUCUCAAGCGCGAAAAACAAGUGUGAAGAUUUACAGCAAGCCCUAAAGGCAGUCACAGCCGAAAGAGAUAAAUUCGCUGCUAGAGUUACGGAGUUAGAAAAUGAACUUAACGAGUUAAGAAGUAAAGGCAAAGAGAACGAACUGCUACGCGUUGAAAAGGACUGUCUUGAAAUAAAGAUGAACGAAUUCGGCAAAAUGCAGGAUGAUUACGACAGUUUACUAUUGAAAUCCAAAGAGUAUGAUAAUCUUAAGAAUGAGAGAGAUUUAUAUAGAUCAAAGUAUGAAGAUUUGGUUAAAGUGGAAUGUCAAUGCGACAUGCUACGAGCGCAAGUCGAAGCUGCCAAAAGUAUGGGCACUGAAAGGGAUACGUUGCACCAGAAAAUCUGCCAGAUGCAACAGGUUUUGUGCAACAAGGAUAGAGAGAUAUCUGGGUGCAAAUGCGAGAUAGAUCAACUACAACAGGCUAAAGUUGAACAAAGGGCGAGCAUGCAGAAUGAAAUAGCAAGUAUUAAAGCAGAAAUGGAGGCCAAAGACGUAAUAAUAGAAGAAACAGAUAAAAAGAUAAACAGCAUGGAAUCCAACGUGCAACAAACGAUCAUAGGUGCAUCCGAUGAAACUGUUAACCUAAGAAAACGCAUCGAAUGCCUCGAAAAAGAAUUAACUCAGGCUAAGGCAUCCCUGGCGCAGAAAUGCUCGCAAGUGAAAUACCUGCAAACUUUGGCCAAAGAGGAACCUUGUUUAUCGGGUUCAUUUAACAAGAUAGAUACCUGUUCGUCGGGUUCAUUUAACAAGAAAGAUCCUUGUUUAUCUGGUUCAUUUAACAAGAAAGACUCUUGUUCAUCAAGUGCAUUUAACAAGACGGAUCCUUGUUCCACAUUUUCCGAGCCGUCCGAUCCUAACUUGGUAGCGAAGAUGAAGAAGGAACUUGAAGCUGCUAGAGCUGAAAAUAAAAAGCUCCAGGAAAUUGCGAACAAAAUGGUUUCCAUUACAGGGGACGAACACGUGCAGCAAAUGCUAAAGCAGUCCGAAUGCGCUGUGAAACGGGUUGUAGAAGAAUUGGGAAGGCAAUAUCAACAAUGGGAUACAGCAAGGGAUAGAAGUGGAAGUAGCAAUAGACGAAGUAGAAGUGGCAGUAGACAAAGCGAUAAAAAAGACUGCAGUUCCAAUGAUAAAACCGAUAGUGGAAAAUGCGCUGCGUUGAUGUCACACCUUGGAAAAUUUAAAGACCGGGUUAAUGUACUGGAGGCAGAGAAUGCAAAGUUGAGAUUAAACGUUGAUUCAAAGAUAGCGAAAAAGACAAAUAAUUGUUAUUUAAAAAAGGAAAUGGAUGAAAUAAUGGUACAAAAGGAAAAGCUGGAAAAACAGUUGCGAAAAGAAAUGUGUAAAAGAGAAAAUUUAGAAAAAAAAUUAAGUUCCAGUAGAAAUAGUUCUGUAAAUUGUGAUUGUUAAAUAUUUAUAAAUAAAC